CGGACAUUGGGGCCGGUCGGAGCUACGGCGGGGUCGGUCUCAGCGGUGCCGGCUUGAGGCCCACUCUCCGGGUGGGCCACUGUGCGAACCGAAAAGCGCAUCUAAACAACCGCCAAACAACAAACAACGACGACUCGACAGGCACCAAAGAUGACGGUGUGUCGAUUCUUUCAGCAGGGCUACUGCAGAUACGGAAAUAACUGCAAAUUCGAGCAUCCUCAAGGCGGCCAACAAAGUUACAACCGAUUCGGCGCCCUCGGGGGCCAGACAAAUCAGGGUUCGGGUGGGCGAGCAGCAGAUACCCCGCCAUAUCCCGGGUUGACUGUCGAUGCCAUCCAACGAGACCUGUCAAGCGAGCUGCCACAAUGGAUCCUGUCGUGUUAUGGGCCGGGAAGGGAUGCGCCCGAGCAACUUUGGGGUGGCUAUCCGCGAGAACAGAGCCCUGAGGAAAUACGGAUGCACUUCAUGAUGGGGCAAGCGGCUGGGAACCCCCAAGCAGCUCUUAAUGACAUUGAGGCAGUUUACCACAACGCAAGACAACAAAUCCAGCACGCCCUCACCAACAUCCCCGCAGCGAUACAAUUCAUCGUUGAUGCUGAAAAGAAGCAUCCGAAUCGGAUCGAUAUAUGCAAGGGUGCAAGUGGAGGGGCUGCUUCUGGUGGUCCUUUCGGGAGCGCGGCGAACGCUUAUCCGAAGCCGCCCCAGCCGGCGAAUUCCUUUGGCGCGCCGGCUACUCCUGCGACCACUGUUGGCGCUUUCGGGCAGCCUUCAACACUCGGGCAAAAACCAAAUCCGUUCGGUGCGCCGUCAACAGGCUUCGGCCAGCCAGCCCAACCGGCAGCAUCGGCCUUCGGGCAACCGUCAACACUUGGGGGGGCAUCAGCGUUUGGUAGAACCGGAAACACAGCCUUUGGUCAAACUAGCGCGCUAGGCUCAAAGCCUAAUCCGUUUGGAACGCCAGCGCUCUCGCAGCCGGCGCAACCUGCGGGUGGCCCGGUGUUCGGACAGUCAGGGUUUGGGCAGCCAGCAACUCUUGGGGCCAAGCCGAACCCCUUUGGCGCUCCAGCACCUGGGCCAAGCCCCUUUGGGGCUGUAGCCAGCGGUGCGGCUACCACACAGCCGCCGGCUAAUCCGUUUGGCCAGCCAGCACAGCAGGCCCAAGCUACUGCCUCCCCUUUUGGCCAAAGCGCGCCUACUCAACCUGCUGCCAAUCCGUUCGGCCAGCCGGCGCCUGCCAACCCGUUCGGGCAACCAGCAACAGCUCCGGCGAACCCCUUUGGUCAACCUCAACAGCCGCAGCAGCCGCAGCAGCAGCAGCAGCCAGCGACCGGCCCUUUCGGCGCCCCCUCCACGGCCGCUGCUCCCCUCAACCCCUUUGGACAACCUGCAACAACCUCACCCUUCGGUGCUCCCGGCACCAACAACGCCCCCACAACUAGCGUAUUUGGUCAACAACCCAACGCCGUAGGGUCCACCGCCGGGUUCGGCGCACCAGCGUCUACAUCUGCAGCUUCGGCCUCGCAGGGCCAAAGUCCCUAUGGCCCGAACGCCACCCGUCAGCACCCCGACAUAUCCGCAUACAGCUCGAAAGGCCCCGACGGGCGGCUGCGCAUGUUCAAGGGCAAACCGGUGACCUAUCAGGAGCUCAAACCGGGGACGAACCCCGUCCCCGUCAUUCGUAACUUUGACGGGAGCGUGGUCAGAAUCUGGAUGCCGAAUGGAGCGCCGGCAUAUACAGCAGAGACGGAAGCCGAGCCGGCCAAGUACGAGGAUCCGAAUGUCAUGCAGCAGUGGAAGGCUUUCGUGGAGACGGGGAAGUUUGCUGGGGGGGUCAUGCCGGAGGUUCCGCCGAAACGAGAAUUCUGUACUUGGGAUUUGUAGAGGCCAUGGAUUGGAAAGGAGGGAGGAGAUUGAUGCCAGGGCGCGGGAGGGUUUUGUUAUAGGAGACAUGGUUCGGCGUUUGUGGAUAUGUAUCGGUUUAUGGGCAUUCCACAUACAAUCACCGCCUGGGAGGUCCUUUGCCAGUUUGAAUUGAAGGUUGAUGAUAU